GAGAUGACAUCACAGACUCUUCAAUACAUGCCCUUUUUUUCCACUGAGGGCAGAAACUGGUUGGAGUUACUUGAACUAGGAGCUUUUAAUCGGAACAUUUUGAAGAUUUUGAGGUAUUUAUAAUUUACAGCAAAACGUUUUGAAAAUGCGUAAAUUUAGGAAACAGAACAGACAGAAGGAGACAGACAGAGAUUCAUCUCUAACAGGUGCCAAAUCCAUCUUAUUACAAAUCCUACCUGGGGCAGAAGAACUAAUCUCAGAUACAAUGGCUCAAGUUACGACGGAUGUUAAUGAACUUUUGCAAUUGUGUGCAAAAUGGAAAGCAGAGGAACGGAUUGGAAUUAAACAGGCAAAUGGGAGAUUUAGGCCAUGUGCAUCUGGUCAUUAUCAGAAAAAAGUGACAUCCCACUUGAAAGAUUUUUUUGCAAAUCGACGGGCCUUGAUAAAAGCAGAAUGUGAACAAUCUAAAAGUGGAUCGACCACUGCGCAGGUAAAAGCUUUAGCGGCUAAAUCAGGACCCAACAAACCUGUUGCAAAGACAUCAAGCAAUGAGACUCUCAACGAUACAAAUGCGUUGCAAGAAAGCUCUAAAGCGGACAAAACCAUUGUUGAUGCAGAUGGACCCAAUGAAGAAUCCAAAGGCUUCAAAGCCAUGAUUCAAAGGUUAAAAUCUGGUGUUAAGGGGAUCACAAAACGCAAGUCAACUAAGGCAGGCCAGGAGACUGAGGAGCAAGACUUAGCAGAUGAUUUCAAAAGCAAGGAAAUUGAUGCUUCUGGAAAGGAACAAUGUACGUCGGCGGAAAGUGAAACACAUCCUACUGAUAGAUCCUGUGAACAUGGUGAUGAACAUAUUGGAAAGGCAUCUAGUUUUGGGUUACCUAGCCAUACAAAACCGUUAGAAGGAGGUUCUUCUUCUGUCACAGACAUUAGCGCCACUGAUAUAGAUGAACUCAUUGAAGAUCAGGAGUCUGGACUCAAAUGCUCCAAAACCAUUUUUCAAAGGGUGAAAUCGGCUUUCAGUGGCCCAGGAAAACGAAAAUCUCUUAAAACAAGCAGUGAAAAUGAUACUUCUAAGUCAUCUUUUGAGACAAGGUUUACAGCUCCACCUCCAUCACCAUCAUCUACUUCAACUGAUCUGAACAGUUCAAUUGCUAAAACUGUGUUGACAUGUGAAGACAAACCGCAGGUAGAAACUUUAGAGGCCAAAUACGACACUAACAAUAUUGACACAGAUGGAGCAAGUGAAGAUCAGAACUCCGAGCCGCAAGACUCCAAAACCAUGUUUGAAAAGGUGAAAUCUGCUUUUAAGAGCUUAGGGAAACAAAAAAAGAGGCGACACGCUAAGGAGAAAGACUCAGAAGAUGAUACUGUUCACAGCAGUGAUGUUUCUGCGGCUUCUUCUGGGUCAGGUUUCCAGGGAAAACCUCCAUCACCAUUAUCUGGUUCAACCGAUCUCUGCUCUGUCCAUGUAGAGCCGACCACUGGGACUGGAAAAGAGGAAGGUAAGCCCGAGGCUAAAACCCCUACAGCUUUUUCCAAAUUUAAUGAAAAUCUUGAAGAGAAAUCAGCCGUCAACAAUUUGAUCGCUUUUGAGUCUGAUUCUGAAUCUCAAGAACCUGGGGGUGAACCCAUUUCAAAAACACUGAGCUGUGAGACCGUCAAGGCUACAGAUGUGUCGCAUGAAGGAUCUCCGCUGUCUGCAGACAGUAACAUCAUUGAUGCAGCUGUACCUAGUGACGAUCAGAAGUCUAAGCUCAAAGAAACCAAAACCAUCUUUGAAGAAGUGAAAGCUGCUUUUAGGAAUUUAGGAAAACAAAAAUCACAAAAAAAGAGCCGACAGACUGACGAGAAAGACUUAGUAGAUGAUACUGAAAGCAAGUCUUCUGAGUCUGGUUCUCGAUCAUCUCCAACACCAUCAGCCAUUUCAAUGGAAAGCUUUAUUGUCACCAAGGUAGACAAUAAAGAAGAUAAAUCAGAGGAGACCACAGCCUUAGAUGAAACACCUGGAAUGACCUCCCCUCUUCUGUUUUCUUCGCAAAACAAAGAACUGACGAAAUCAGAUCUCCACGGUGCUGUCCAUGUAGACUCAACCAACGAGGCAGAAAAGAAAGAAUCAGAGCAGAUUAAAACAAUUCCCUGUGAUGGUUUCCCCCAUUUAACUGGAAAUAGGGAAGAGGUCGCCAUUGUCACAGCUCCAUUUUCAUAUUUGGAAUCAACAAGCGGAACCAAACCCCAAAAAGAAUCCUCUAGUUUGGAUUCCAGUGAGCCUGGGGAUGAACCUUUAGUAAAGCCAUCUAUGUUUGCUUCACCUAAGUCAGACAUUAACAUCACUGAUAGAGACGCACCAAGUAAAGAGCAGAAGUCUAAACUCAAAGGCUCCAAAACCUACACCCCAAGGCCGAAAUCAGGUUUCAAAGACUUGAGAAAAGACAAACUAUGCAAUGAAGAAUGUAAAUCAGAGCAGACCACUGCCUUGGGUGAAACAACUGGAAUGACCCCCAGUCUCCUGCCUGCUUCAAGGAACGAGGAACUGACAAUAUCAGAUCCAUCAGAAUCUCUCCACGGUGCUGUCCAUGUCAACUUGACCCAUGAGGCGAGAUCAGAGGAGAUUAAAACAAUUCCCUCUGAUCUGCCCUAUGAUGCUUUGUCCUGUUUAACAGGAAAUAUUAAAGAGGACUCCACUGUUACAAAUAUGGCGUCAACAAGUGAAGCCAAACCCCAAAAAGAAUCUUCUAAUGUGGAUUCCACUGAGUGUGAGGAUGACUUUUUUGGAAAGCCAUGUAUGUUUGCUUUGCCUAACAAUGCGGAAGUGUUACGAAUAAGAUCAUGUACAACAGACAGUAGCAUCACUGAAAUAGACGAACCGAGUGAAGUGCAGAAGGUCAGACCCAAAAGCUCCAAAGCCAACAAUCAACGGCUGAAAUCAGCUUCCAAAGGCUCCAGGAAACGCAAACUAUGUCUAAAAGACCAACAAACUGAGAAAAAGGACUUAGCAGAAUGCAGCAGCACGUGUAUUACUCCCAAAUUAUAUCCGGAUUCAGUUUCUCGGGAACCAGCUUCUUCAGGAGAGCUCAACUCUUUUCAUAAAGAGACAAUCUGUGAGGCAGAAAACAAUGACUGCAAAGCAGAGGAGACCAAAGCAUUGGACAAAGAAUAUGUGACCCGUCCACACAUUGAACAACAGCAUGAAGAAGAAGCUGAAGCACUUAAAUUAAAGGAGAUGGGUCUUUUGAGUAAGAUGGCGAGCUGCAUGCCAUCUCCAGCCCAUAUAACAUUCGCUCACACUACAUCUGACCCCUCAAUGAAAAAACUCCUCGCUCUGCAUCUGGAUUCAUCUGAUCAGAGUGCAAAUGAAGGCAAAUCAAAGGACAUCAAAACACUGGACACACUUAGUAAAGUGAAACCUACCUGUGUGCCAGCUCCACCUAACGGAAAACUGAAUGACACGACAUCAGAUUCAGCAGAAUUGGAUCUCAGUUCUUUCCAUAACGAGUCAACUAGCGAAGAAGAAGCUGAAGCACUUAAAUUAAAGAAGAUGGGUUUAGGUCUUGUGAGUAAGAUGGCGAGCUGCAUGCCGUCUCCAGCCCAUAUAACAUUCACUCACACUACAUCUGACCCCACAAUGAAAAAACUCCUCGCUCUGCAUCUGGAUUCAUCUGAUCAGAGUGCAAAUGAAGGCAAAUCAAAGGACAUCAAAACACUGGACACGCUUAGUAAAGUGAAACCUACCUGUGUGCCCGCUCCACCUAACGAAAAACUGAAUGACAUGACAUCAGAUUCAGCAGAAUCGGAUCUCAAUUCUUUCCGUUAUGAUUCAACUAGCGAAGAAGAAGCCGAAGCACUUAAAUUAAAGAAGAUGGGUUUAGUUCUUAUGAGUAAGAUGGCGAGCUGCAUGCCGUCUCCAGCCCAUAUAACAUUCACUCACACUACAUCUGACCCCGCAAUGAAAAAACUCCUCGCUCUGCAUCUGGAUUCAUCUGAUCAGAGUGUAAAUGAAGGCAAAUCAAAGGACAUCAAAACACUGGACACACAUAGUAAAGUGAAACCUACCUGUGUGCCCGCUCCACCUAACGGAAAACUGAAUGACACGACAUCAGAUUCAGCAGAAUCGGAUCUCAAUUCUUUACGUUAUGAUUCAACUAGCGAAGAAGAAGCCGAAGCACUUAAAUUAAAGAAGAUGGGUUUAGUUCUUAUGAGUAAGAUGGCGAGCUGCAUGCCGUCUCCAGCCCAUAUAACAUUCACUCACACUACAUCUGACCCCGCAAUGAAAAAACUCCUCGCUCUGCAUCUGGAUUCAUCUGAUCAGAGUCACACGUCUUCUCCAGUCCAUACGGCAUUCACUCCCGUUACAUCUGACCCAACAAAAGCCAAAACCCACAGUGAAAGUAAAGCAUGUCAACUUGAAAAGACCAAAACACCCACCCCGGAGGUCUCUGCCAUAUCCUCAUCUCAAAAAGGAGAGCAUACUCAACAGAAGCACCUUGGCUUGGACAUGGCUGUUCAGAAUAAAAUUGCAUCCAUGCCAGCAGAGCAUGUGGCUCUUUUGGAACAAUCGAUUAUUGCUGCUAUUGUGAAGAGCUUCGAUGAUUUUACCCAAAAUCCUCUGGCAAGCAUUCCCGAUGCAGCAUACACGAAAUUAGAAAGCGCCAAAGACACACUGAUUGUCCUCACGGAAUCCACCUUUAAAGACUUAGUUAAAGACAGAAAUAUCCCCUCUACCGGCCCCCCUAAGGCAUGUGGGGCAGCAAAAGAUCCUGAAAUGGCAACUCCCAGUAGAGCUAGUUCCACCACAGGCUGUUUCUCUAAAUUCUGGGACCGCAUUAGGAGGUGGUGUCAAAUUAAAAGACGGUGGAAAUUGUCCUUUAGAAGGAAAAAUAAGAUUGCAGCAAUGGUGGAUUUGGAGUCAUCACAACAAUCUCACAUUAAUAGGCCUUGCCCUGUGGGCCUUUUUGAAAGCUCCUCAAAUAAUAACAAAGCUAAAACGAAAUCCUGACCUGCUAUCUAAAUUAAAACCACACACUGACAACAAAUGGUAAGGCAGUCUCUUAAAUCUUUUACUAAGUUUCUUUUCAAAUAAAAAAAAAAAUCAUAUAAAUCCAAAAAGAUUUCUCAACUCUAAAAUUAAAACAAUAUAAAAUAAAAUCACAUUAUCCUCACAUUAUCAUCACACCAUCAUCCAAAAAAGCUAAUUCAAAGCCCUAUGAUGGGCUGCACAGUGGAGCGCUUGCACCGGUAUUACUUUGCAACAAGCAGACCCUGAAUUCCCGUGUCAUUCAGGACUUUUCUGGGGUGGGCAACCUCCAACCACCCAACUCCACCCCUCCACUGUGCCGUGUGGGUUCUCUCCGGGUGCACCGGCUUCCCCACCUUCCAAAAAAAGACGUGUUACAUGUAUUGGCCACUUAAAACAAAUUUUUGCUAUUAGCAUUAUUUGUUACUCCUAAAAAAGGAAGUCUGAAUAUGCCCAGAUUGUUAAUUUAGUAAUCAGUUUCAAUGUUUCCCAUUUUUGUAUUCUUUCAUGGAUUUGAUCAUUAUCCAUACACAAACAUGUGCACUGACUUCAACUUCAGACAAAAAUUAUCAUUAACAUCACCAGACCAAGUUUAACCACUUAACUAGAAAUCUUACAGAGACUUACAUAUAUACAUAUAUAUAUAUACAUAUAUACAUAU